AUGCUAAGUUUUAUUUUGACAAGCUUGACGCUGGUCCCGUUAUCUUACAGUUAGUAACUGUCCGUGUGUGGCGUGAACCUGAAACAUCGUCCAGGGAUGAGACUAAAGGGAAAAGAAGUAACGUUAGACGUUCGUCAGAAAACUGUUAUGAACUUCACCUGCAGGACUUGGAAAAUGUUUUCGCUGCUGAAAUGGUGGAUUUUAAUCGUUUUUCUGACAGAUGUCCUCCUUCCCCGUUGCUCGGGGGUUCAUGUGUUUGUGAGAGAUGAGAAGAGGUAUGCUGUGCUGUUCCAGUCGGUGGUUCUGCCGUGUCAGUACAACAGCGUGUCCACCCAGGUCCCCGUGGUGCAAUGGGUCUACAAGUCCUACUGUCAGGACCGCACGCGGGAUUCAUUCAACUUCCCAGACAGCAUGAGUGGAGGCCAGGGAGGAGGGGGGCUAACGAGUGGAACCAGAGGAACCGGCCGAGGGUAUGAGGCGGGGAUGACCGCAAGCUACCUUGACUGCUCUGACAGCAGCCGGACGGUCCGAACUGUGGCUUCCAUGUCUGGUUCCUCAAUCACACUGUCAGAGUACUACAAGAACAGAGACAUCUCCAUCAUCAACAAGGCAGACCUGCGCAUAGGAGAGGUCCAGUGGGGAGACAGUGGAGUUUACAUCUGUAAAGUGGUUAUAUCUGAUGAUUUAGAGGGACAGAAUGAAGCCUCUGUGGAGCUGCUGGUUCUUGGUUUCUCAAGUGUGCCUGAAGAUCUUCUGCCAGACUUUGAUAUGAAGAUUAUGCCAGAGUGGGUGUUUGUGUCGGCGGUGGCACUGGGCAGUGUCUUAUUCCUGCUGUUGGUUGGGGUUUGUUGGUGCCAGUGUUGUCCUCACUCCUGCUGCUGCUACGUCAGCUGCUGGUGCUGUCCCGACACAUGCUGCUGCCCAAGACACCUUUAUGAGGCAGGUAAGGGUAUAAAGACGGGCACCUCCACCCCUCAGUCACCUGCCUACCCUCCAUACUUCGUCACUGGGGUGCCGACGAUGGUUCCCAUCGCACCCCCAUCUCUGGUGGACAAGAUGUCUUCCCUCCCCCCUUCAGAUGGUAGCAUACUCACGGCAGUGCCAAUGCAUGCUGUAGGGGUUCCCUACCGCGUGGCUUCACCUCAGGAUCAGGACUCUCUCAGGGUGCUACAGUAUGUAGAGAAACAACUGGCUCACUUCAACCCUUCCAGGUCAAUCAGCCACCAGUCCUGUAGCCUGUCCGAGCUGAGCUCCCUCCAUGACGGAGAAGCCAACUUCCGCCAAACAUACCGAAAUGUCCAGAGGAAAGCUCUGCCCGCCAUACCUGACCAUGACCCUCAGCCUGAGCCCCAACGCUACCGUGACAACCGAAGCCCAGAGCCGCAGCGUUACCGUGACGAUCCCCCUUCACCCCAACGAUAUCACGAUGACCGCGACUCAGAGCCUCGCCGCUGCCAGGAUGAGCCCCUUCCUCCGCGGCGGUACAGCGAUGACCCUCCGUUCUCGUCCCAGUUGCGCAGGCCCGGCCGAAAUCAACGGCAACAGAAUCACAGUGAAGAGGACAACCAAAAAAGGUGGAACCCUCGUUCAGAACAUCUGCGGAGAAAGACGUACCGUACUGCCGGACGAACCGGCUCACUAGAUGAGCUGGAGGAGUUCGCUGCUUUUUACAAGCAGAGAGGAGACAGAGGGGAAGAGAAAAGGGAAGAGGACAGGGGAGACUAUGAGAUGGAGCUGCUGGAGUUCAGUCGGUAUCCUUCAUACCGUAAUGGUCCACCUCAGCAUUAUCACAACGAGGAAAAUGACCUUGGCGACCGUGAAGAUCAUCUCAGAAGAAACAAGAGUAACGGACAUUACAUAAGCCCACUUCAGUCACCCAAAAAGAGAAGGGGCACUUGGGACAGUGAGCGGCCUGCCCCGCCUCCUCCCAGAGUCAGUCCACCAUCAAGUUCUUCACAAGAGAAGGACUACGAUGGCACGUUCCUGACCAGCCUGCUGGAGCGUAAGGCCAAGUUACGAGGGGUCAGCCAGGGGAAGAGUGGGGCCCGGGGGGGGGAGGAUUCAGACACACCCUCUAAGGGCAGCUCGAAAAAGAGCAGCGGGGAAUCGAGUCGGCACUGCAGCCGAUCGCCCAGUAACAGGCCUGAGGGAGAUCCACUUCUUCCUCACUCAGACACAGAGCGAGGCAGAAUGGACAGGCCGUCUCCGCGGCCGCUCCCAGCAAACACCUGCUCCUCUCCACCUCCGACCCAUUCCCUGCCCGGUCGCAGAGAGGAGCCCAGAGACAAGACCCGGAAAGUGAGCACUCUUCUCAGCCGGGACUCCCUCAUCGUCUAAUGGACUGAAAGCCACACAGACUGAGCACUUACACUUUACAGGAGCCGCAUGUCAGCUGAUGAAAGAUGAUAGAAAUGACUCUAUGCAACAUCAGGAAUAUGCAACGGACCAUGACUGAAAGCUGAAUCAGCACAGAAAUGGACAACAGACACACUUUUUCUAUCGAGACUGUCCGUUGGCUUCCUGCCUGUUGCGAUGAUGUUCGAUGAAUGAUGAUGAAGUCAUUACUGUUCGGUUUCUGU